UCACUUUUGAAAAGUUGGCUGUGGCGCUCGAGACACAACCGACCAGACCUCGUCGCGGUUAUUUCAUCUUUUAGUGCAGCAUCCGCUGGACCUCUGUGAUCGGUAAAUAUUAAAGUGCGAUGACAUUUUAGACUUCGCGACAAAAGAAAGACAUUAUAGUUUUUGACCAUGGGUGGGCCGAGCACCCCUAAACUUUUCAGUUUAUUCACCCUUUUUGUGUUUAGUUUUUUGCUGGUGGGAAGUUUGCAUCAAAUUUCUGCUGAUUCAAAGGUGGACACAGACCUAGUAUUCGAUGGCCGCGACAACCACCCCCGGCUACGACGACAAGUAGAUGUAAUAGAAAAUGAAUCUAGUCCGCCAGUAGAAGAACAUUGGCUUACAAGUACUGUAAAUAGGAUAAAACGAAGUAUCAAUAACAUAUUUUCCAAGGAUACUAAUCCUGAAAAGUUAGACCAUCACCAUAUACAGAAGAAGGCGGUCCACCAUAAAGCCAAAGUGAUUAGCGAUCAUCAUCAUAAAGGGAACACGUUGAGGAGGAGUCAUCGGCAAGCUGAAGAUGACUAUAAUAGCGAAGACGAAGGAAGUGAAUAUGACGGCCAAGACAGUCAGGAACAACAAUACGACAUAGACGAUGAUGGUGGUCAACAAAGCGCUGACGAAGAUUAUGACGGUCAGCAAACUGACACUGACGAUGAAGAGUAUCACUCACAACAAACUGACGACGAUGAUAGUCAAGAACAAAUCGGGGAACAGCAUCAGGGACAAGACCAACAAAACGGACAUAACCACGGACAUAAUCAAGGACGUGAUCACGGACAUAAUCACGGACACAAUAAUGGUAACCACAAUAACAUCAAUGACACUAAAAAGAAAAACGAUGACGAAGAUGAGUUCGUCCCCCUCGAAAUAGGGGAAGGUUCUGACGAUGACGGGGAUCCAGAUGAUGAUAACAUCAUUGACAAUGGAAAUGGACCCGAUGAUGACGAGGAUCACAACCCAGAAGGCAUUUCCGGUGAUUUCGGUUCUGGAGAAGAAGAACCCAAUGUUCCCACCACACCAAGAUUUGACUACGGACAUCCAAGAAUAUUCAGAAUUGCCUUCACCCUUCAAGAACUAUACCAAGAUGAUUACAGUAACAGAAACAGUCCACAAUUUAAGUCACUCGCCGACAGAAUCAAACGUGAAGUUGAAAGUGUCUAUAAUAAUGUUCCAGGACAACAGUUCGUGACAGUCAUUAGCAUUGAGAAACGACCAGAUCCGUUCAAAGUAAGAGUAACAGUGGAUGUUGACUCCGAAGGAAACGCCAACAGUGAAGACAUCAAACGCGCCAUCUAUGAACCAGUAAAAUCAAUUCACAGGCUUGGACAACUUACAACGGCUGAUCCAGAAGACCUUAGGUUCACAGAAUUCGGAGAAUCGGGUCAAAAAUGCGGCAUUAACGAAAUCCUAUGCAAAAGUGGUCAAUGUGUUCCUGCAAAUGCUCGUUGUGAUGGAAUCAAUGAUUGUAAUGAUGGUUCAGACGAAGAAGGUUGUCUAGUCGAACCGCCAAUAGUUCCCAAAACCACAGAAAAUCCAGAUCAGAAUCCACCGGAGCAGCCUGUAGAAGUAGAUAUACCAACACAAACCACAACUACAACAACAGAAACCCCCGAUACGACCGUUUUUGAAACUGAUCCUCCAACAACACCAAUACCAACGACGACUCCUGCGAGAAGGGAAACAACAACAUUCUCAUGGGAAACAGAACCACCAACAACUCCUACCACCACGGCUAGAACAACAACAACGGAGGAGUCACACAGAACAGAGUCACCAAAUAUUGAUGAGGGUAGUGGUGCAGGUGACUGCCGUGCAGACGACUCGGUUAGAUGCACAGAUGGCUCGAGGAUCAUUUGCGCAGACCAACAGUGUGAUGGACAAGAAGACUGUGACGACGGAAGCGAUGAGAUAAAUUGUGUAACGACUCACAAGGAAUGCCGUCAAGGAGAAUUCAAAUGCGAUGUCUACCGUUGCAUCCCGUUAUCCCAACAUUGCGAUGGAAAAAUGGACUGUACUGAUGGCACAGAUGAACACAACUGCCAGAGAGAAUGCAACGAGAACGAAUUUUCCUGCGACGACCAAUGCUUACCGUUGGAGAGGAAAUGCGAUGGAAACAGGGACUGCAGGGAUAAUGCUGACGAACAAGAUUGUCCAGCCCAGCAAUGUCCACCAAGAACGUUCUCCUGUGGAGCUGGAGACAGAUGCAUUCCAGAUGAAUCAUAUUGUGAUGGUCGCCAAGAUUGUGAUAACGGCGCAGAUGAAGCCAACUGCACGCCCGGAGGUGACAAGUGUACCGGGGACCAAUUCAGAUGCGGAGAUGGCAAAUGCAUUCCGAGAAACAAGGUCUGCAAUCGAAAAUAUGACUGUGAUGAUCUUUCAGACGAACGAAACUGUCCAUGUCAACCCGAUGAUUUCCGAUGCGAAAACGGAUUCUGUAUCCCUUCGGCGCAAAGAUGUGACGGUACUCAUCAAUGUCAGGAUCGUAGUGAUGAGAUAGGAUGUGACCAAAAACAAUGUAAACCGUACCAAUGGAGAUGUGACGACGGUACUUGUAUCGAUCAAAUCGAACGUUGUAACCAGAUCCCGAACUGUCCAGACAGAUCGGACGAGAUCGGUUGUAAUGUGUGCAGUUUGGAUCAGUUUAGGUGUAGUGAUGGGACGUGUUUAGAUUUGAACAAAAGAUGCGAUGGCGUAGAGGACUGUAAACACUCUGAGGACGAGGAGAAUUGCGGUGCAUCUUCCUGCAGUUCGGAGCAAUUCACUUGCGCUAGUGGCCAGUGCGUAGACAGAAAAUUGCGGUGCAACAAAAAUUAUGAUUGUCUAGAUCAUUCUGACGAAGAUAAUUGUGGACAGGAUCUAAUAUGCAUCCCUGGUACUUGGAGGUGUAAGGAUCACAGUUUGUGUAUUAAAAAGCAUAAGGUCUGUGAUGGGAUAGUCGAUUGCGAGGACUACAGCGAUGAAAAGUUUUGUGAACAGGAAUCUUAUACGAAUGCGACUAAAGUUUGUCAACCCGAUGAAGUCCUUUGCGGCGAUGGCACCUGCGUCUUCGGUAAAAAGUGUGACCACAUCUCUGAUUGUCUUGAUAGAUUUGACGAGCUCGGUUGCACUGGUUUCUGUGACAUCACCGAGUUUCAGUGCGGUAACGGCAAAUGUAUAUCGGAGAAAUUGCGAUGCGACGGCUUCCAAGAUUGUCUCGACAAUUCUGACGAGCAGAACUGCGUCGACGCUUGUCCCAAUGGUCAGUUUAGAUGCGACAACGGUAUCUGUUUGGAUCCCCGACGCCGAUGCGACGGUUACGCCGAUUGUCCAGGAGGCACCGAUGAAGACAACUGCGCAGGCGACAAAAACGUCACUUCCCAGUGCAAGGAUUCAGAAUUCGAUUGUGGAGAAGGCCAUUGUAUCAGUCUCACGUACCGCUGUGAUUCAUACGAUGACUGUAAGGAUGGACGGGAUGAACGAGACUGCGGACUCUGCUCCGAAGACGAAUUCGAAUGUACUUACGACAAAAACUGCAUCGACGCGUCUAAACAAUGCGACGGAGUGUCAGAUUGCGGCGACAAUUCAGACGAAGAAAAUUGCCAACGUACUCCAAGUCCUCCUCAAAGAUGUAACUCGCAACAGUGGAGAUGUGACGAUGGUACCUGCAUCGACGCCCACCGACAAUGUGACGGCGUCAACGACUGUCCAGAUAACUCCGACGAGAUUCCAGAUUUGUGUCGUGUUUGUGCAAAUAACCAAUUCCAGUGUAUUGAUAAUUUCAACUGUAUUUCCCUGAGUUUGCGCUGUAACGGCAGGAAUGAUUGUAAUGACGGUUCUGACGAGUAUAACUGUCCAACUCAACCACCAACUUAUCCUCCUCCCACAGAACCUCCACCAGUCGUCUGUCCAGAAGGUCAACUGCCUUGCAGAUCUCAACCGGACCAGUGUGCAAGAUAUUGCGACGGCAGAGCUGAUUGUAACGAUUUCUCUGAUGAAACUAACUGCUCAACAUCCUCGGACAACCUUAAUUUGAAAACGUAUCCAAGCAGUACGGAAGAAAAAGAACAUGUUUAUAAAACUGGACAAGAAGUUGUGCUCACGUGCAGAGACGAAGGACAGACCAGAGCUCAAGUUUACUGGGCCAGAGCAAACGGAGCUCCUCUACCACCCGGUACCACCGACGUCCACGGUAGACUUACAAUUCCCAACGUCCAACUAGAGCAUUCCGGAACUUACCUUUGUAUAGCUAGAGGCUUCCCUCCUAACGCGCCCGGUACCAGAGUCUCAGUACCAGUCACCGUGGUAAGAAGACCAACUCGCCCACCUCUUCCACCCUCAGAAUGUAAUCCGGUGUAUGAAGCCACUUGCUCCAACGGAGAAUGUAUACCAAGAUCAAAACUUAGAGAUGGACACUUCGACUGUUCCGAUGGUUCAGAUGAGGACGGUUACAGGCCUGGUGGUUGCGAACCCAACGAAUUCCAAUGCGACAACAAAAAAUGUAUCCUUAAAACCUGGAUGUGUGACUCUGACGACGAUUGCUCAGACAAUUCCGAUGAAAAGAAUUGCGCAACCAAUCCUCCCGGAUCGAUGUGUCAAUACCACCAGUUCGCUUGUCAUUCGAGCAACCAGUGUAUUCCAAAAAGUUACCACUGUGACAUGCAAAGCGAUUGCGUAGAUGGAAGCGAUGAAGUCGGAUGUUCUAAACCUGUUAUAUCCAGACCACCUCCACCAAUGGUAUCGCUCAACGUAGGAGAAAUCUUUGAAAUUUCCUGUACCGCUGUCGGAAUUCCCACCCCCGAAAUAGUCUGGCGUCUGAACUGGGGCCAUGUGCCAUCCAAAUGUAGAAUGACUAGUAGCAAAGGUGUCGGUACCUUGAUUUGCGAAAAUAUCCAAGUGGAGGACCAAGGAGCUUACUCCUGUGAAGCCAUUAACAUUAAGGGAGCCACGUUUGCCGUACCUGAUACGAUACUCAGUGUGAAACGCGACAAUCCUUGCAGACCAGGGUACUUUAACGUACAAGCCAGAAAUGAAGGAGAGUGUAUCAAGUGUUUCUGUUUCGGACAUACAAGCAGCUGUAGAUCUGCUGAUCUAUUUACAUUCCAAUUCCAACCUCCAUUUGAUUCAUUCAAGAUGUUAGGAGCUCGCAUAGAUCCAUCAGGAUCUGUCGAUUUUAGAGAUGAACCAAUCUAUACAGGAGCUGAACCCUCUCUAACGCCAUUAGGUCCACAAGGUGUCCUAGCAACCGUUCCUUCAGAUUCUAGAUUAAGUCAACUGAACGUGAUUCCAUAUUUCACUCUACCCGAAAACUACAACGGCAAUCAACUGAAGAGUUACGGAGGUUAUCUCAAUUACUGGAUCAGACACUCCAACAGAGGAACUCCACUACAAGGGGCUAACAUCAUCAUAACCGGAAACGGAUAUACCCUGCUGCACACCUCUUCUCACGCACCGGCACCAAACACCGACGAGAACAUCAGAGUACGAUUCUUCGAAGGCGAAUGGGUUGAGAGAUCACCAGGUUCACGCGAAAAGGUCGCUACCAGAGAAGAAAUCAUGAUGGUGCUCGAAAACGUCGACAAAAUCUUGAUCAAACUUCAGUACAACGAAGGUACGCUAAACACAAGCAUCACUAACGUUGAGAUGGACUCUGCUGGUAUAUCUAAUGUCGGACUUGGACCUGCUAGUUACGUUGAAGAAUGUACCUGUCCUGUUGGGUACUCUGGAACAUCUUGUGAGAAAUGCGCGCCUGGAUUCUCACGUCAAAGAAACGGACCAUGGUUGGGAUUGUGUACCAAAGAACAAGUCGAAUGUCCUCCGGGCAUGUACAACGACGGAAGACAAUGUCAAGUUUGCCCAUGUCCACAUACUACACCUGAAAAUCAAUUUGGCAGAACCUGUCAACUAGGUGCCGAUGGUGAUGUCGUCUGUAACUGUCCUCCAGGUUACGUAGGCAACCGUUGUCAGUCUUGCGCCCCGGGUUACGAAGGCAAUCCUCUAGUUUCCGGCGAUUCUUGCAAGCCUGUAAGACCACCACCACGACCAUACUGUGACCCCGCUGGAUCAAUCGACACUAGACCCGAUCAGUUUGGACGUUGUAGAUGCAAGAAUUUGGUAACUGGUCCUACCUGUAAUCAAUGUAAGGCCAACUCUUUCCACCUGAGCACCCAGAAUCAAUUUGGAUGUGUAUCCUGCUUCUGUAUGGGAGUAUCUUCGCAAUGUUCAAGCUCCAAUUGGUACAGAGAACAGGUAUCCAGCAUCUUCGUAUCUUCACAACAGAACUUCCUGAUUGUCGGCAACUCUGACAGAGAAACCCCGAUCACACAAGGCAUAAGAUUAGAUUCUCAAAGCCGUCAAAUCUCGUACAGUGGAUUCAGGUCUUCCGACGUCUACUACUGGUCACUUCCGUCCCGGUACUUGGGCAACAAAUUAACAUCUUAUGGUGGUUACUUGAGGUACUCUCUGCGUCACACACCAAUACCUGGUGGCCAGAGUUCUAGAAACAAUGCAGCCGAUGUCGAACUCGUCAGUAAAAACAAAAUCAAUCUUUUGUACUACAACCGCAAUCAAACCCAACAAAAUCCAAACGCGCCACAAACUUUCGCAGUACCCGUAUUGGAACAGUACUGGCAGCGUAUUGAUGGACAGUUGGCCGAUAGAGAACAUCUUCUUAUGGUCCUGGCUGAUCUCGAAGCUAUCUACGUCAAGGCUACUUACUUCACAAACACUCAGGAAUCCUCUCUUAUUUCUGUCUCUUUGGACAUCGCCAACGAACGCAACACAGGUUCUCUCCAAAGAGCUGUAGAAGUUGAACAAUGCCAUUGUCCACUUGGUUAUACUGGUUUGUCUUGCGAGAAUUGUGAUGUUGGUUACACAAGAACACCAAACGGUCUGUACCUGGGACUCUGCGAAAUUUGCGACUGCAAUGGAUAUUCAAACGAAUGUGAUCCUGAUACCGGACUUUGCUUGAAUUGCAAAGACGGCACUACUGGAGACUACUGCGAUGAAUGUCUGCCUGGAUAUAAUGGAGAUCCAUCUAACGGAGUGCCUUGCACCUACAGAGGAACCCCACCACCAUGCAAUUGCGACCCUAGAGGUUCACUCUCCUCCGAUUGUAGAGAUGGCAGAUGUGCUUGCAAGGUGAAUGUUGAAGGUAACAACUGUGACCGUUGUCGCAGCGGAUCCUUCGGUCUUAACUCCAGCUCAAUCGACGGUUGUGAAUUCUGUUUCUGCUCUGGUAUCGUGUCAGAAUGUAGUGAGAGCAACCUAUACAUCGAACAAAUUCCUUAUCAGAUCACUCAGGCUGCCCAUGGAUUCACCAUAACAGAUAUCUUGCUCCGCACCAGAAUUAGUGAUAACUUCGACAUCGACGAAUUGAUGAACGAAAUCAGCCACGGGUUCCUACCAAGCAACAGAGAAACCCUUUAUUGGUCUCUACCAAGCACUUUCACUGGAAAUCAAGUUAAAUCCUAUGGAGGAAAUUUGGAGUAUUCUCAGCGUUUCACCCAAAGGCCACAAGCCAGAUAUGUUCCAGAUAAAGACGUUAUUAUCAUUGGUAACGGAAUUACGAUCUUCUGGACCAAUCCUGCAGAACAAAGAGAACAAAUCGUCAACCCCGUUUCAGUUAAAAUCCAUCCGUCAGCCAACUGGUUCCGAUGGGAUCAGAACCAAGGACCUAAACCUGCUUCCAGAGAAGAUAUUCUUACCACUUUAGCUAAAAUCGACGCCAUUUUAAUAAGAGCUACGCAGUCCAGCGAUACCAGCAAUGCAUACUUGAGCGACAUUACUCUUGACACUGCUGUUGAACAGAUCACUGGAAAUUCCAGGGCUACCAGCGUAGAAGUCUGUAGAUGUCCUCAAGGAUACGAAGGCUCCUCUUGUGAAUCUUGCGAUGCCGGAUACUACAAAGACCUCUACUACGAUCAAUCCAGGCCGUUGGGAUCUUGUUCAAAGUGCCCAUGUAACGAAAACGAAGAAAGUUGCGAACUAGGUCCAGAUCAUAGAGUAGUUUGCCACUGCAAACCCGAAUUUACUGGUAGAAACUGCGAAUUUGAAGCCAAUAGCACAACUGUAGGUGGUAUUGAAAUGGAGAUAACGCCGUCUGAGGUCGUGGCUCCAAUCGGUACUCAAGUGCGAUUCACUUGCAAGUACCGGAAAGCAUCUUCUCCGGAUCUGUACAUAAGCAUUGAGAGUUUAAACAUUCACGACAUUCAAGAGACGAGAUACCCGGGUGGAGCUGCCACCAGCUUUACCCACGUUGUGAGUUUUAACCCUCAGACUAUCAGAUGUGUCGUGAGGAAUAAGGCGAGAAUGGAGAUUGGCAAUAUUUACGUCUUUGUUGCUCCAGUCGGCUUCACCACAACCACUGAAAACCCAGAUACCACCACAAAUCCUAACCCAGAAGUCACUAUCGAGGUUACCAUUGAAGACACCAACAUUGGCAUCUAUGAAGUUGGCAGCAGUGUUAGGUACAACUGUUCCGCAAAAUCACGAUUUGUUGUAAGGCCUGUUAGAAUUAACUGGAGAAAAGCCGAUGGUGAUCUACCAUCACGUGCCAUUGAUGACGGCAAUGGUCUCCUGGUAAUCACAGAUUUACGAGUAUCUGAUUCUGGACGAUACAUUUGUGAAGCCAGCGAUGACUACACGAUAGUGACAUCCAGUGUGGACUUGAAUGUAGGAGUUCCACAAGACAGGCCUCCCAGAAUAGCUUUAUCCCAACCAUACGUAGACGUUAACGCAGGACAGCCGGUAGAAAUUCAGUGUGUAGGAAAUGGUGUACCUGCCCCACAAAUCAGUAUCGUCAGAGCUGAUGGCCAACCUCUAAGUCCAGGACAGCGCUUCGAAAAUGGUCUCUUCCGCAUCUACCAAUCGCGAGUCUCCGAUUCCGGCGAUUACAACUGCAUCGCUUCCAACAGAGUUGGCACAGACUCAGCAAGGUUCUCAAUCAUGGUUCACGAAGUUACUGUUGGUCCUAUCAUCAAGGUCGACAUCUCUCCACCAUCUUACAGAGGUGUUACCGGUGACAACGUGAUGCUCAGAUGUACCUCAAGCGCUUUUGGUCAAUCGAUCAGAUGGAGCAAACAAGACGGCGAACUUCCAUACAAUUCCUACGAGGACAGAGGCACUUUGAUAAUCAGAAAAGCUACCCCUGACGUUUCUGGUCUAUACAUAUGUACAAUUACAUCGGCCUCUGGUACAACAGGUUCCAACAGAGCUACUGUGACUAUUACAGGAAGCGAUGAAGGAAAAUUCCCUACGGCUUCAGUUUCCACAGAAAAAAUAACUUUGAACCAAGGAGGACAGACCGACAUUCAAUGUACGGCAACCGGUGUUCCACCUCCUUCAGUGAAAUGGACGAAACUUGGUGGUGAUUUGGGUAACAACGUACAACAGUUCGGUUCCACACUUAAUAUCAGAAACGCAGCCAUUGAAGAUCGCGGCGUUUAUGUUUGCGUCUCUACGAAUGCCCAUGGAAUUGCGCAGGCGUCAGUUGUUGUGGAGGUGACACGUUUGGAAACACCACGAUUGGAAGUUUACCCCUCAUCUAGCCAGAUCGUCAUUGCUGGAAACAGUGCUGUGGUCCAAUGCAGAGCUGUAGCUGGAAUUCCGUCUCCAACGAUCACCUGGACAAGAGAAAACGGGUUGCCAUUGAGUUCAAACGUAGAAGAAAUGUCUGGAGGCACUUUAAGAUUCACACAGAUAACUCAACGCGAAGAGGGAGAAUACAUCUGUACUGCGAUCAAUGAAGCCGGUUCAGCCAGCGUUUCUGCGCAUAUAGUUGUUCACAGUCCUCCUGAUAUCAUCAUUACUCCAAGACAGGAAGUGAUCACUAGAGGUAUAGGCGAUUCUUUGAGUCUGGAAUGUCAAGGAACGGGAAUGCCACAACCGACAGUGGGAUGGACUAAACUUGGAUCUUCAUACGCCGAGGUACCUCUUUCCUCCAAUGCCAGAUCAGGUCUACCGAACGUAUCUUUCCAAAGAUUCACUCACCUAACCAAAGAAGAUGCCGGCAUCUACGUAUGUAAGGCUGAAAGCAGUGCUGGUAUUGUAGAACGAAGAGUACAACUGAUCGUAGACACUCUGCCAAGCAGGGGAGACAUCACUGACUGGCCCCCAACAGGUGAAGACGCUACCUCUUCUGGCACAGGAGGAGGCUGGAAAGACAACGAACCGGCCAGACCCCAAUACACCACCACCUUCAGACCCGACUAUCCAACUCGCGAUCAAGAAUUCUCAGCCGCUUUAGGUGGUAGAGCUGAGCUAAGAUGUAGAAUUGCAAAUGGAGAGGAUUCAAACUUUGAAGUAAGUUGGUCAAGAACAGACGGUCGUCCAUUGCCUGCCAACUCUAUCCAACGAAGUGGAGUUUUGUACAUCGACAAUGUCGAGGUGGAAGCUCAAGGAGAAUAUAAAUGCACAGGUUUCGAUUCCAGUGCUAGACCCAUCUUCAACGUCAACGCUUACCUCACGGUUAUAUUCCCUCCACAAAUCACCUUGAUUCCUCCUAGACAAGUAGUUCACCCUGGCGAGCACGCUUAUAUCAACUGCAGCGCAACUGGCGACCAACCUAUCGACAUCUCCUGGUCUCCAAUAGGACGUGACAUGCCUAGAACAGUUUACACCAGAGACGGAUACAUUAGGUUCAACAGUAUCCAAAUGCAAGAUGCUGGUAGAUAUUUGUGCGUGGCUACCAAUAGAGCUGGAAAAGCAGAGGCUGUAGCUGAUGUUAUAGUAGAAGAGUACGUAUCAAGGCCCGCUAUCAAAGCCGAACAGAAACAACAACAAGCUCCUCUCGGCACCAACGUCCAACUUCGUUGUAGAGUAGACAAUCCCAGUUCCUACAGCUCUGUGCGCUGGUUCAGAGAAGGUCCCGAACUUCCAUUAGGAUCCCAACAAAACGGAGAAGUGCUUUACCUUAGAAACGUCCAACAACAGGAUCAAGGACGGUACUACUGCGAGAUUCAGACUAGGAACGGUACAGUUAGCGAUUAUGUUGAUCUUCUGCUGACAGCACGUCGUGGAACUUGUCCACCAGGACAUUGGUUGUGUAAAAAUAGGAAGUGUAUACCAGAGACUCUAGUCUGUGACAAAUGCAACGAUUGCGAAGACAAUAGUGACGAACAGGAUUGCGCCACGAGGAUCAGACGGGGACCAGAACCAACCACACGAAGACCCUACCUCCCUCCAGAGCCCAGCUUAUACAUCAAUCCUCCAGAUGAAGACCACUACGCAGGGGAAGACCUCGAAGUUCACUGUCAAUCUUCCGAACGUGGGGUAGUAACCAUGUGGUCUAAAAUAUCCGGACCUUUAUCGAACAAUGUAGUAGGUGUUACUGGUUCGUUGAAGAUUCUUAGCUUGACUCCUGAAAAUUCUGGUUUGUACAGAUGCGAAGCGAAUGGUAGACAAGGAGUACAGUACAGAGAUUACAACCUCAAUGUAAUUGAUGACCAAUAUAAAGACCAGCCCCCAGUACAAAUUAAGGAAGCCCAACGAGGUUCCACUGUCCGUCUGGACUGCAACUCUGAUUUCGAUGCUGUGGAUUACGUCUGGACCAAACAAGGAGGAGAGCUACCACGAGGUGUUGAUGAAUUCUCGAAAUCUAUCCAAUUGGAUGACGUAGAUGGAUCCGAUGCAGGUGCUUACACGUGUACUGCUAGCAACGGUGAAAGAAGCAUCGACAUUCCAGUCAUUCUAGUAGUAACCGGCAUCGUUCCCUACUUCACUCAAGCUCCCAACAGUUACAUAACAGUCCCGACUCUAUCUGACUCAUACAUGCAGUUCAACUUCGAGAUCUCCUUCAAGCCCCAACAAGACACUGGUUUACUUCUCUACAACGGCAACAAAGGUAGCGACAUAAGCGGAGACUACAUCUCUCUGGCUUUGAAAGGUGGCGUUCCCGAAUUCAAAUACAACUUGGGAGCAGGAACGACCCUGGUUAGAGCAGACAGACCUAUUACUAUUGGCGACUGGCAUACAAUCAAAAUCUCGAGGAAUAGAAGGAAGGUAACGAUGUACGUUGACGGAGACGGACCUGUUGUAGCUGUUGCUGAAGGAAAAUACACCGGAUUAGACUUGACUGAGCCUAUGUAUCUUGGAGGAGUACCAAGUCAUAACGGAAUCUCACCUGAAGUACUUAAUCAUGAACAGUAUCAUGGAUUCGUAGGUUGCAUCAGUCGCUUUAAGGUAGGCCACGCUCACUUGGACAUUUUACGCGAGGCUUUGAAUAAGACCGGAAUCACCACGUGCGAAUCAUGUAGCGAAAGUAGAUGCCAGAACCAAGGUGCAUGCCAAGAAGCUCUGUCCAAGGAAGGUUACAUGUGUAUUUGCUCGUCAGGGUUCAGUGGACCAACUUGCAAUAAACUGAAAGGUGAAGCUUGCUCACCACACGCCUGCGGAAUUGGCAGAUGCAUCGACACCGACAACGGUUUCGAAUGUCAAUGUCCUCUUGGUCGUGCCGGACGAAGAUGUGAAAGAGAAAUCUCAGUAAUCGAACCAGCAUUCCAGAAUGACGCGUACAUUGCGUAUCCAACUCCAAAACCUGCUAGGAAACUAAAGCUCACCUUGAAAGUGAAACCAAAUAACCUAGAAGACGGAAUUUUGUUGUAUUGCGGUGAAAGCGAGGAAGGAUAUGGCAACUUCAUCAGUUUGGCUAUCAAAGACAGGCAUUUGGAGUUCAGAUUUGAUGCUGGAAAUGGUGUCACUGUGAUGAGAGACGAAAAAGAACUGAUACCUGGCAACUGGCACGUACUUACAGCAACUAGAUCAUUGAGCGAAGGCAGACUGAUGGUUGACGGACAAGCACCAGCAAUUGGACGAUUACCUGGUAAUUACAAGACGAUCAACCUUCAAACGCCUUUGUAUGUGGGAGGAUACGACAAACAUCACAUCAGAAUUAACGAAGGAGUACAAGUUUACUCCGGUUUCAAUGGUUGCAUAGGCGAUAUUAAUCUUGCUGGUAUCGAUAUCAAUCUGAUCCAAAACAUAACGGACUCGGCCAACGUACGUGACUGCAGCGCCGAAGACGAGAACGAGAAUACCAUCUCCGGUGGCAAUACCGAAAGACCAUUCAGGCACGUCAGCUGUUCCAACAAACCAUGCCAGAACGGUGGACAAUGCUACCCUCUAUCGCCUACUGAAUACCAAUGCGCUUGCGCUCCGGGAUUCACGGGCAGAAACUGUGAAACCUCAGAAAACAAGUGUGAUCCCAAUCCAUGUGAGAACCAAGGUACCUGCAGUCUGAAGAAUUCCCAAUACGUAUGCGAUUGCGCCCUUGGAUUUACUGGACGUAACUGUGACCAAGUUACCGAACUUCGAAACGACGCCCACUUUGAUGGAAAUGGUUAUCUAGAGUUUAACAGAGACCUUCUCGCUCACCGUGAUGGUGAACAAGAACUUAUAGCCCUGGAAUUAUCCACAAACCAAUCGAGCGGACUUAUUUUCUGGCACGGGCAGACUCCAGAUGCUGAUGGAAAUGGCCACGACUACAUUGCCUUAGCAAUUAAAAACGGAUACCUCGAAUACAGCUUCGACCUCGGCAAUGGCGCAGUCAAUAUAAGGAACAAGAAACGCCGCAUCGACGACGGCGACAGACACAGCGUCAUCUUGAAGCGCGACGGCAAACGCGGUUCCAUAGAAGUAGACAACACUUGGGUAGAAGAGGGCGAGGCCGAAGGAUCAUCGACGUCGCUCAACGCCGAAGGCAACAUCUACAUCGGCGGCACGCCGAACAUCUCCAGGAUGACGGGAAAUAAGUUCACGAAAGGCUUUAACGGAUGCAUCCAUGGAUUCGAAUUACAAAAUUCCCAAAGAUUAGAUUUAGGAAUAAAGGCUAUAAACGGCUUGAACGUCAAGCCUUGUUCUAGCUUUAUAGGCCGAGACAUAUGGUCAAAUGAUCUGGUAAACUGAAGAAAACAUAGAAUAGAUAAACGCAGUCGUUCAGUCAAUACUUAAUUAAUUUUGUAAAUUUUUCACCCAUUAAGUGUUCACUAUUUUGUGUUCAUUCUAUUUUGCACAUGAUGUUGAACUAUAAGCCCUAACUAAUAGAUCAACAUUGUUGCUGUAUUUCACUAUUUUUUGCUUUUUGUGUUAAUGUUAUUAAGCUCUAAGUUGCUCGAAAUACGGCAAAAACCUGUAUAUUUCUUUCACAACUGCCAUUUUUCUCUUCGUUUACUUUUUUGUACUGUUUUUUAUGUUUUCAUAUUGUAUAAUAGUUGAUAAAGAUAUCGUGCCAUUUUACAUAAUAGUCUAGGAAAAAAAGAAUACUUUAGAUGAAAGUUGAUACAAGAUUAUGGUCCAAAUAUCAGUUACGAAAAUGUUCUUUUUCCACUUUCAUUUUUAUGGUGCUAUUCCAGUUGAAUAUCCCGCGAGACCAAGUACAUUUCACAACCAACAACAUUACUAUUUAUGGCUUGUCUCAGAAGAAGAUUUCGAAGGAAAUUGACAAGUCAAUCCCAGUGAUGACCCCAGUUUUACUUGAGUUCACAAAUUUUAGAGUGUUGUAUACAGCAUCAUCAGUUUUUGUCAAAAAAUCAGCAUAUUCUUUAGCUUUUUAAGAACCUGUUUCAAAUGUAUAUAUUUUAAUCUGCUGUGAGCAAUGUCCAAGUACUUUCUUGAUUUUAUUCUGAUACCAACAUUUUCGUCUUGAUUUUUAGUUCAUGCCAAUCUCAAUACCGCUGUCCUUUUUAGCUAAAUUCUAGGUGAUUCUUCUUUUCUGUUAGUUUUUCGAUUUUUGUAUCCAUAAUUGCUCCUUUUUCUUUGUUUACUACUUUUUACCUUUCUAUACAGCUUCCACUUGGUCUUCCAUUUUUGAUUUUGUAUGUCCUUAUCAGAUUUUCCAUUACUUAAAAUAGAUUUUUAUUUCUAUUGAUUCUGUGACUUUACUGUACUUUUACUUUUUCUUACAUGUACUUUUAUUAGAGACAUGCUUUACUUCUCUUUUUAACUUUUUAGUCUUCCAUUUCAGCUAUUUCGUGCAAUCGAAAGCAGAAAUUCUUCAAAUAUGGCGAUUUUCUCUUCAACACUUCUUGAUCUUGUCCAAGUGCAAGUAUAACUGUCAACAUUGACAGAUGACAUAACAACUACUGUAAGGCAACAAACAUCACGAAAUUGCAUUAAAAUACGAAAUUAAUGUAACUAGUAUUGUCAGGAGUUAAAAAAGUGAAUAUCAAUUAUAUAGAAAUUUGACAGAAUGGGAGAAGAUCAAGAGACGGAUGGCAAAUGAACAGAAAACAAAGGUUUUACAUUAAACAAACUUAUACGCUGUGAGCUCGUACGUAGAGGGGAUAUUUACAAAUUCGCGAACGCCAGUAGUGACAAGUUUGUAAACGUUUACCGGAAAUUUGACAUAAAUGCCUAAGGCCCGGUCUUUUCACCUCCGAAUAAAAGUUAUUCGGAGGUCUAUUUGACAGAUUUACAUGUAAUCUGCCGGAUAAACUUCCUAAUAAAUAUUUAUUCGGAGGUGAAAAGACCGGGCCUAUGUGAUUAAUUUAAAAUUAAAAUUAAAAACAUUAAUUAUAAACAAUAUUAGUUGGUCAAAGCUGUGGUAUAUAUUUUUACCUUAAAUAUACUUACGUUUUAAAUACUGAAUUUAAGUUUUUUUUAAUGUUCCGUAAUAUCUAAUUAUAAAUAAUCUAUUAUAAUCUUAGCGCCAUCUACACGAUUAUUGUCAAAGUAUCCGAAGUAAGAAAUUGAUAUUUUAUCAAUAGAACGUCAAAAUGAUUAGAAAAAUCUUAAAAAAAUCGAUUACAAUUUAAUUACUUUUUUGCGUUGUAAAUAUUAAGCGAUAACAAUUAAAUAAUAAAUUUAAAAAUUACCAGUAAAAGUUGAAUUAGUAACCGCUAGGAGCGACACCAGCGAAGCUCAGAGCGUAUAGACAAACCAACACUGUGUCAUAUGUCAACGAUGACUGUUGACAUAGAACUUAACUUCUCUAUUCCAAAGAAAAACACCAGAAUCUUUAUUUUUCCAAAAGUAUACAAUAGCAUUAAAACAAAAUCGUAUAGGUCAAAAAAAUGUUCCAGAUUUAUAUUGACAAUGGAUAAAUACUGAUAAAAUUUGCAGAUGUUUCUUCAUUCUUUGGCACAAACGUGUAGUUAUUACUUUUUUGCCACUUUCCACUUGAUUUUUGUAAAGAGAUUUUACUAAGAUCGAUACUUUACAGUGUUGCCGUACUUAAAUAAUAAUCUUCAGAAAGCUGUAAUAGUUUAGUAAUUCUUGUUGGUUGUGCGUGGUUGUUUCGCAGGAUAUUUUGAAAAAUACGUUUUAGUUCCGUUUGUAAUUGACAUUAUGUUUGUACUUACGAAUAUACUGAGUUUAAGAAAAAUAAAUGUAUACAAUGUGAUUUCAGAAAGGUAACUUAAACGUAUCAGCAACGGUGAUUAACAAUACAUACUAGGUAUAGGCUAUUAAAAAAAAAGAUAUUUUAUAAUUGCUUAUUGUUUCUCUCUAGAUAACUCAUUGUCCUCAAAAAGUACAUAUGUAUAUGUAACAAAGUCUAAAUUUACAUCUGUAUCUACGAUUUGAAACAAAAUAUUGCCUAAAAAUGCAGUGUUUUAAUUCGGUAUAUAUGUUAAAAAUGCAUUCUCAAUAAAUGAAGACAAUAAAUAAUAUGAUACAUGAACUUAA